AGGAGGAGGAGAGAAGGUCGCGCCGGCCGGUGCGCUCGGCUCGCCGCUCCCGGUCCCCCCACCGGCCCGCAUCCCUCCGCCGCACCCCGCCCCGCCGCAGCCCCCGAGGAACCAGUGACCCGCCCGAGAUGGUGAGCGCCGUCGCGACAGCCGCCGCCCCGGCGCCCGGAGCCGCCGCCCCGUGCCCGGGGGAGAUGGCUCCCCGCGCCCCGCGCAGCUGAGCUCCCGCUGCCGCCGCCGCCCGCCGCAGAUCAACAACCAAAAUUUUGAAGGUCAUCAACUUCUGAUGGUGGUGUUAAGCCAUGGCGACAGAUGAUAAAGUUGCCAUCUUAACCGAUGAUGAAGAGGAACAGAAGAGAAAAUAUGUGCUUGCCGAUCCUUUUAAUGGUAUUUCCAGGGAACCAGAACCACCUUCAAAUGAAACACCCUCCCCCUCUGAAACAGCUGCUAUUCCUGAGGAGGAAAUAGACUGGAUAGAGAAACAUUGCGUUAAAAUAAACAAUGAUCUUCUAAUUUCCAAGGUCUUUUAUUUUUUCUUUUACUCUGCAUAUGGCUCUCUUUACCCCCUUUUGCCUGUGUAUUAUAAGCAGCUGGGAAUGUCACCAAGCCAGAGUGGGCUGCUGGUAGGUAUUCGAUACUUCAUUGAAUUCUGCAGUGCCCCCUUUUGGGGUGUAGUUGCAGAUCGCUUUAAAAAAGGCAAAAUUGUCCUCCUCUUUUCUCUUUUGUGUUGGGUUUUAUUCAACCUGGGCAUCGGAUUUGUCAAACCUGCUACCUUGCGGUGUGUACCAAAGAUUCCUCCAACAGCUCAUCCCACUAGUUCAAGUCACCUGUUCACUCUCCUGCCAACAAAUUCCUCCAUUGUCUCUUCCAUUACCACAUCACCAGGAAUUCGUGAGAAAAGGAACCUGCCUCCUUACAAUGGGUCAGAGAUGUUAGAAGCAGUGCACAGUGUCACGGAAACUGUCAUCUUCUCGACAGCUCCAAACAAGACCAGUGUGCCCACUCUGCAGCCUCGUACUGAUGAAAUUACUGACCAUGUUAUGAACUUGACCAUGAACCCAAGCACUGUAACCUCUGCUCCCCCAGGAAAUGCAACCUGGGAGACGACCACUUCUAUUGUCACUACCACCAAAUCUUUACCUUCUGACCAAGUCACUCUUGUUUAUGAUCAACAAGAAGUAGAAGCUAUAUUCUUGGUGAUCUUGGUAGUUGUCAUAAUAGGAGAAUUUUUCAGUGCCUCCUCUGUCACGAUUGUGGACACGGUAACACUCCAGUAUCUGGGAAAGCACAGAGACCGCUAUGGACUGCAACGCAUGUGGGGCUCCCUGGGCUGGGGCCUGGCGAUGCUGUCCGUGGGCAUUGGCAUUGACUACACCCACAUGGACGUGCUCAUCAAUGGGAAGGGGUGUAAGCCCCCUGAAUACCGGAACUACCAGAUUGUCUUCAUCGUCUUUGGGGUUCUCAUGACCAUGGCCUUGAUCGUCGCUACUCAGUUCCGGUUCCGCUACAACCACUUCAAAAACAGUGAAAAUAAAGGGAAAGAGGUGGAGAUCCCUCAGGUAGAGAGGAACGGCUCCACAGAUUCCUCUGAGGAGACACCAACCACCACCAGCCACGCGCAGUCCUUCAACUUCUGGGACUUAAUCAGGCUGCUUUGCAGUGUGCAGUAUGGCUCCGUGUUGUUCGUGGCUUGGUUUAUGGGUUUCGGAUAUGGCUUCGUGUUCACCUUUCUCUACUGGCAUUUGGAGGACCUGAAUGGAACGACAACCCUCUUUGGGGUCUGUUCAGUCCUGAGCCAUGUGUCUGAGCUGACAGCUUAUUUUUUUAGUCACAAGCUUAUUGAAUUGAUUGGCCACAUCAGGGUUCUGUACAUUGGCCUGGCCUGCAAUACAGCUCGCUAUAUUUAUAUUUCCUACCUGGAAAAUGCCUGGACUGUUCUCCCCAUGGAAGUUCUUCAAGGAGUGACACACGCGGCCAUCUGGGCAGCCUGCAUUUCUUAUCUCAGCGCCGCGGUUCCCCCAGAGCUGAGGACGUCUGCUCAGGGCAUCCUGCAGGGCCUUCAUCUGGGUUUGGGGAGAGGUUGUGGAGCCAUGAUCGGAGGCGUGUUAGUCAAUUAUUUUGGGGCUGCUGCAACCUUCCGAGGAAUUGGCAUGGCCUGCCUUCUGAUCCUCCUGCUCUUUGCCCUGAUCCAGUGGCUGGCGGUGCCAGAUGAGGAAGAAGACAAGACGAUGCUGGCAGAAAGGAUUCCUGUUCCUUCUAGUCCUGUUCCCAUAGCAACCAUCGACUUGGUCCAGCAACAGACAGAAGAUGUUCUGCCACGUGUUGAGCCCAGACUUCCACCCAAGAAAACCAAGCACCAGGAAGAACAGGAGGAUGUGAACAAGCCAGCCUGGGGGGUCAGCUCCUCUCCCUGGGUGACCUUUGUUUACGCGCUCUACCAAAUUAAAGAGAUGAUGCAGCUAACAAGAGACAACCGUGCUUCUGAGAUACAGCCUUUACAGGGGACCAGUGAGGAUCGGGAAACUUCUCCAACUGGUGGAGCCCGGCCUGGACCAUGUGAGGCUCCCUCUGACCCAUCGAGAAGCCAGCCGUCCCCUCAAGCAGCAGCAUCUCAGACGCAGAGCAGCCCCACUCACCCCAGUGUAGACCCGCGCAGGGAGGAGACUGAGGGCCAGCAGGCUCAGCCUGCCUCUGGGGGACACUGAGGGGUCCUGCUCAUC